CCCCCACAUGCGAAGCUAAAAAAUAAUGUUGUUGUUCAUGCCCUGAUCGGCCACUGUCUUCUAUUUCCUCGACUGCCCUUUCACACGGAGGUAAGAGGUCCUUCCUUUUCCUCCACCACCACCACCACCACCACAAAGAAGCCCCAAUCCACGCCUGACCCCCUUUCCAUCCUACGACAUGUCCCUCGAGAUCCCAGCAUCGCCCGCCGGGCCAAAGGGCACCUACUUUGAGAGGCCGUCCGACUACUCGACCGCGCUCGACUCGGCUCGCUCGCUGCUCAAGGAGCUCGAGACAUCCUCGGAGUGGGAGGAGAUGCCCGCUCGAGAGGAGGUGGAGCUGUCCAAGAUUGUCGACACUGUUGAUGCGGCGGCGAUGCCCAUCACGCGCGGCUCGACGCUGGUGGAGAAUGCCACGCCCCAGCAGGUGCUUGCCGCCCUCCAGCUGCCUGGUAUCCGCAAGAAGUGGGACCCGAGGCUGGACGAGGGCCACGCCGUCCGGCGCUUCUCCCAGACGUCGUACGAGGUGUACAGCGUCAUGAAGAGCCCCAGCUACUUUAUCUGGGCCCGCGACAUUGUGGCCUGCCAGGAGACAUGGUGGGGCGAAAAGGCCGAAGACGCUCUCCUCGUCCAGGUCUCUGUCACCGACGACGAGCGGCUCCCCGAGGCCGGCAGCUACCAGAAGAGCAGGACGAGAGCGACCGUCGACCUCAGUGGGUGGAAACUCGAGAAGUCGGGAAACGACACCAAGAUUACCUACGUCGUCAAGGUCGCGCUCAACGGAUCGAUCCCCACGGCAGUGGCGCAAACGCUCGCCCUCGAGACACCCAUGUGCGUGGGCCGUGUCCGUGAUGUCUACUACCAGAACGGCCACGUGCCCUACGAUGUGACGCCGGCCAACAGCCCCGAGUCCAAGCCCGAGACGAUGAAGACGGUGUCGGUGACGCAGACGUUUGAAGACGAUGACGACGAGAAGCGCUGGACGGGCUACUACGCCGCACAGGGCGCCGAGACGUUUGCGAUUGCCUACGAUGGCGAGCGCAUGUAUGCCUCGGGCGUCAAUGUCAGCGUCGCGAGCGCAGAGGACAACGACGUGAGCGCCAUCGAGGCCAGCGUCGACGAGGCCAACAAGGUCAUCAAGGUUAAAGUGCCUGAUUCGAUCGCCCAAGGCACGACGUUUGAGAUUGUCACUGUGCCCCAGUAGAGACGGUCGUUCCCCUUAUGAUCCGGACGCCCUCCAGCUAUACACUUACUACUGCCACUGCUGCUGCUUCUGCUGCUAUCUCUGAGGUUGAAAUAGUGAAUUGAAAUGGAAUUGCCUCU